AUGGCAACCAAUGCUGAAGUCGUUGAUCUAUCUCAAUCUCUUCUUAACAUUAAUAUGGGCAAUAUCACCAAACUCACUUCCAUGAACUACAUCACCUGGAGUCUUCAGGUUCACUCCCUCCUCGAUGGACAUGAUCUUGCUGGUCACGUUGAUGGCUCUUCUGUUCCUCCUGAUGCCACCAUCACCACCAAUGGUCGUGAAACAACGAAUCCUGCUUACACGAUCUGGCGCUGCCAGGACAAACUCGUCUACAGUGGCCUCCUCGGCACGCUCUCUCCCUCUAUUCAGCCUCUUGUCUCUAAAUCCAAAACCGCAGCUGAGAUGUGGAAGAUUGUCACCGACACUUACACUAAACCAAGUCGAGGCCAUGUUCAGCAGAUUCGUAUCCAACUUCAGCAACAAUCCAAAGGUGACAAAUCCAUUGAUGACUACAUUCAAAAUCUCACCACCAGGUUUGAUCAACUUGCUCUUCUUGGCAAACCAAUGGAUCAUGAUGAACAGAUCGAUGUCAUCUUCAAAGGGUUAUCUGAAGAAUACAAAUCAGUGGUUGAUCAGGUUGAAGGACGUGAAACGUCUCCUUCUAUCACUGAAAUCCAUGAGAAACUACUCAACAAGGAAGCCAAACUUCUUGCUCUCUCCGUCUCUAGUCCUUCUCAUCUUCCCGCUUCUGCAAACAUUGCGACAGCUCGCAAUCAGCACUCCCAAGGUCGAUCCAACCGUAGUCGCACCAACUCUUGGCAUCAGUCUCGUCAAUCUGCUUAUAAGCCCGCAAAUCAGACUCGUGGAUAUCAAGGUAAAUGUCAACUUUGUGGUGUGUUUGGCCACAGUGCUAAAAGGUGCUCUCAACUCCAACGUCAUGCGUAUCCACAGCAAGGUCUACUCCCCUCUCCUCGUCCUUGGCAACCACGUGAAAACGUGGCUUUCACAGCUCCAUCCUCUCCCGAUUCAUGGCUCAUGGACAGCGGUUCUACACAUCACAUGACGAGUGAUCUCAGCAAUCUCGCACUUCAUCAACCCUACAAUGGUAGCGAUGGUAUUCUCAUCGGCGAUGGAACCGGUCUUCCAAUAACGCAUACUGGUUCACUUACCCUAACCCUUCCCUCCUCCUCUCGCAAUCUUACUCUCAACCGUGUUUUAUGUGUCCCCAAUAUUAAAAAGAACCUCAUCUCUGUUUAUCGCCUAUGUAACGCUAACCAAGUUUCUGUUCAUUUUUAUCCUGCACAUUUUCAGGUGAAGGAUCUCAGCUCGGGUGUCCUGUUACUCGAAGGCAAGACUAGAGAUGAUCUUUAUGAGUGGCCAGUCUCUUCCUCCACCCUAUCUGCUUUCUUUGCUUCCAAGCCUACCAAACCAUCUAUAGCUGAUUAG